AUGGAAGGCCACGGACGGACUGCGGCGGCCGCAUCGGUGGCAGCGGUGCUAGGCGACGACGACCUCCUCCUCGAGAUCCUGCUCCUCCUCGGCUUCCCCAACUACCUCGUCCGCGCCGCCCUCGUCUCCAAGCGGUGGCUCCUCCACGCCUCCGAGCCGGCCUUCCUCAGCAGCUUCAGCGACCGCCACCCACCCCGACUCCUCGGUUUCUGCAUCGACUACCCCGGCAGGUGUCAGUUGGUGCAGCUCCCGCAGACCCCGGAGCUCGCCGCUAUCUCACGCCGCGCGGCCACCUCCUGCGCCGACGUCUUCGCCCGCAGACACCAUAAUAUCACGCACUGCCGGAACGGCCGCCUCAUCACCAAGUUCUUCGAAGACGACAGAUUCAGGUACUCCAUCCUGUCGCCGCUGCUCGAAGAGUCGGAAUCGGUACUCCCGCCAACCCCGCUGCCGCACAACGGCCGUGACGGGGGCCACCGUUGCAUUUCCCUGCCCGAGGAUGGCGGCCAAGACGGUAUCACCUUGCUGCGUCUCUGGAGGGACGGCCGGAAAGCCUCCGUGGAGGUAUGCGUCCUCGGAGCCGGCGGAUGGGGCGCCCCUACCACCGCCGAGACAGAGAUACAACCUCCCUAUCCCGAACCCUACUUCGAAUAUAUGUCGCCUCCCAUCCAUGGCAAGAUAUUCAUGGCGACCACCGUCGGGUACACCCUGGGGCUGGAUUUGGCGACAUCACGCUUCUUCAUCCUUGAGCACCCAGAUGGUGUCGGGGGCAACUUCAAGCUCUCAUGCGCGGAUUCCGAUCUCUAUCUUGUCAGCGCACGAUGGUUUCAGCUCAGUGUGUGGCUCCAUAAGGUUACCGGCGACGACGAUGGCUCAGGUGGUUGGCUGCUGGUGGACGCGUUUUGUGUCCAGGAGGAAUGCACACGGGUUGUGUGCAGCAGGAGGGUCUGUGCUGGUGGAGAUUUCGUCAACGUUGCUGCAGUUGGGGACAAUGCAGAGUUCGUGUUCUUGAAUCAUCCAGCAAGCGCUAAUGUCAUUUAUGUUCAUCUCAGGAGCAGGCUCGUUGAGCUGGCUGUUCAGUUCGAUUUCGACGCCCGCAAGGACUUCAGUCUUGUCUACCUUGAGUAUGAUGCCUACUUGGCUUGCGUUGAUGAAAAGAUUAAGAAGAGGAAUGUCAUCUCUUCAUCACAGGGUUGA